AUGAAUUUGAGUAAAACACUCGGUUCAUGCAAAGAGGAAGUGAAAGUAUCGAGAAUGGGUCAACUUCGCGCCGAGGAGAGAUUCCGUCGCCAAACCCAAAUUCUCGGAGAACGCAACGCAGUGUUGGAUGCCUCUCUCGAAGAGAACAACUCACUUGCCAUCCAACAAGCCGCACUUCAAAGAUGGACUGAGCGCUUAGAUGAUGAUGAGGCCAGGCAAAUCACCGCGCAACUUUACUAUGACCUAGAGAUAUGGGUUAAGCGGCAUUUUCCUCACCUUUUUCCCGCAAACAAAGCCUCACAUGCCAAUCCCGAUAUUCCAUCUGCUUACGAAAAUGGCUGUCUGGAUGCAUUCUACAACGCCUUUGCUGUCAUAUCAUACCACGUCUUUGAUAAAUUCCUGACUCGCACAAUGGUCGGUAUCAUUGAUUCUGAUUUCAGCAAGACGGUUUCAAUGCUUGACGAGAGAGUACGGACAGAAUGUCCAGCACAUGUCUCUCAACACUGGCGCUCCGCAAUGAGCACAGCGACGUUCUCAAUUGCUGAUGGGUAUCUGGAUGCUGAAUGCAAACAACUUGCUCUGCAAUUGGGUUGGCAGAUACAGCACUCGUCCAGAGAGCCUCACAGGCAAAAUGAAGGCUUAUCAGAGCUACUAGGGCAGUUUGUGAAGCUGAAGUUCAGGUUAGAUUCCCAAGCUGACCUCUACACCUUCAUGAUGCCAGUGCAUGGCACCCCUUUCAAUGAAGAGGACAUGACGAGUUUUACCGGACAACUUUCUGAAAAUGGAAGCAUCCGGUAUUGUCUUUCUCCAGCUCUGUUCAAGACAUCAACACGGUGUGACCCAAUCCUAAUUAAGAAAGCAAUUGUGAUAGCCGACAUGGACUGGCAGCACUCCAGCGGGCGGUGA